AUGGAUCCCACCACAUACGUGGAUCCUGAGCUUACCAUCGCGGAUCAUCUGGUACUCGACACACUCGUUGAUAAGCCAGGCUCAAAUGGGGAGACAAAACAACAAAAGCCCAGCGAUGAAGAUGUCAUCCAGAAGCUCCAGGAUAUGAAUGAUGCAUCGCAUCCCGAUUUUGAUCCUACCAUAUUCCAGUUCUGGGAUAACCCAGUUCUCAAGGCUAAACUGCCUGAGGCUCUUCAGUGCUAUGUCCUGCAGCCUUAUCAGAAAUGGGCUCAGGGAGUUGUGCGCUUUCCCACCGAUGUUGUCAUGUUGACACAUCUCUUGCUUUAUUUCACUACCAUUGUGCCCAGUGCCAUCUUUUUGUAUUAUCGCUUUUCCUGGAUACAUGGUGUCUUGCACUGGGUCAUGCAAUUAUGGUACUGUGGAGCAUUCACCUUGAUGAAGCACCAACACAUCCACAUGAAUGGUGUUCUGGCUCCUCCGUACUGGAUUUUCGAUACACUCUUCCCCUACGUGUUGGACCCGAUGCUCGGACACACGUGGAACUCCUAUUACUACCACCACAUCAAACAUCAUCACGUCGAGGGCAAUGGUGAACAGGAUCUCAGCACGACCAUGUUCUACGACCGGGAUAGUGGCUUCGACUUUGCUUGCUACGUUGGACGAUUCUUCUUCUUCAUCUGGAUGGAACUUCCUCUCUACUUCUUGAGGAAGGGCCAGUUCAAAUAUGCCUGCAGGGCUGCAUUCUGGGAACUCGGCAACUACGUGGCCAUUUACCUUCUCUACAACUACGUCAACGCCCGCGCGACCGUUUUCGUCUUUAUUCUACCUCUCACAGUCAUGCGCUGUGGUCUGAUGGUCGGAAAUUGGGGCCAGCAUGCUUUCGUGGAUCCUAUCGAUCCCGACUCGGAUUACCGCUCAAGUAUCACGUUGAUUGAUGUUCCGAGCAAUCGGUACUCGUUCAACGAUGGAUACCACACUUCUCACCACUUGAACCCGCGUCGUCACUGGAGAGAUCACCCUGUAGCAUUUGUCAAAGGCAAAGACCGCUAUGCAGAGGAGAGGGCUUUGGUCUUCCGGAACAUCGACUACAUCUUCAUUACUGUGUACCUGCUACGCAAGGACUAUACCCACCUGGCGAAGUGCCUGAUCCCAAUGGGCGAUCAGGUCAACAUGACCAUUGAGCAACGGGCAGACAUGCUGCGGAGCAGGACUCGGCGAUUCCCGCUUCCUGAUACAAAGAAAUCUCGCUAA